GCCUUCUUGAUAUAAAAAUGAACACCACUUCUGUAAAAGCUCUUCCUUGAACGCAGGAUAAAUCUGAAUCAUUAUUAAUCUUGACAAACGAGUGAAUUAUUUUGAAAGUUAAAGCAUGGACCUCAGAAUCACGUCACUGAUUCUACUUCUACACUUGUCAGGCUCUCUAACACUGAAACGCAUCUCUGUGACCUGUGAUAAUAUUUGUGCUCUGAGGGAAACCAAUGUGAAGUUGAAUUGCUCUUAUGACAACAUCCACACCAAAACUGCGUUCUGGUUCAGCGAGAAACAAAGUACAAACUGGAGAAAUAACAAUGAACCUGAAGAUUUGACUUUAGACUCAGAUUACUCAGGACGGGUGAAGAAGGUCAUUAGUAAAUACGAAGCAGAACUCACAAUAUCAGACGUGAGAGAGACAGACUCUGGAGAAUAUCAGCUCAUGUUCAUGGAGAAUGGAGUUAAAAUUCUCAGCUCAGCGGCCGUCAGUCUAACAGUCACAGACCUGCAGGUGAGGAUGAAUCCUGCAUCUACAGACCAGAAAAAUCAGAUAAUAGAACUGACCUGUGAGACUUCCUGUGAUUUGACGUCCAGACCUCAGAAUUACUACUGGAAAAAAAAUGGACGAUAUGAAGAUCUUAAUCAUUCCAGGAGCAUUGAAGUUUCAUUCGAAGCUGGUGCCAGUUACUCAUGUUCUCUUACUCCUGAUUUUAUCAUCUCCUCCUCUCCUGUGUGCAUUUCUAAGAGUCCCUGCUGGGAUGUGACUUACUCCUCUAGAAGAGUCUGUGCUUUGGUCGGCUCAACAGUAGACAUUUCCAGCACAUACACACAUCCCUCUCGUCAUACUGUAAAUAAAACAUUCUGGCAUUACGUUCAGCCUGGUGACUUAAAGGAUCUGCGUGAGGAGCAUCAGUUUGCUGGUCGUGUGGAGUAUGUGGAGAACAAACUGAGAAUCAAAGAGCUCAAGAUCAGUGACUCUGGAGAAUAUCGAUUCAGGAUCAUCACUGAUUCAGAACAAUACUCUAGAUCACCUGGAGUCAUUCUUACUGUAACAGAUACGCAGGUGAAAAGCAGCCCAUCUGUUGUUUCAGAGGGACAGAAAGUGACAUUAAACUGUUCAACUAAAUGCACUCUGAACAACAAACAUACUUACAUCUGGUACAAGAACGGACGACAGGUAACAGAUGGAAUCACUAAAGACAACAAGCUGUACCUGGACUCUGUCAGCGAUGAAGAGCUUCACCAGUAUUCCUGUGCUGUAGGAGAUCCCGUAGAUAACACAGCGUUAAGCCAUUAUACAGUCACUCUGCUGGUGUUUUUACCUCAGUUUCUCAUAAUAGCAGCUCUGUGGAUGUGGUUUUUCAUCAGAAUCCCUCUCAAUUGAAAACUAAGCUGAAAACAAAAGUGAAGAAUCUGAUGUUCUACAUCUGUACAUCUGCUGUCUGUCCAUCAGAGCCGCUGGAAUGAUGUCAUUGUGUUCUUCCAUUGUGACAUCAUCACCUAGCAACUGAACUGUCAGCUACAUCAGUGACACAGUGUCAAAGACAGUGACACAUCAUUUAUUGUCCAGUCUGCAUAAUCAAGCAAAUAUAAAACCAAACAAAACUAUAGACUAGUGUUCAGCUAAAUAUUUUUCUGGAAUUUUUUUUGUAAAAAUGAAUAUAAUUUAAUAAAGUGGUGCAGCUUUUGUGUUCUGUGUAUAA